AUGACAGCACCCAAGAACGUUUCCAGCAGGACUCCAAGUUCAUGGGAGCCUCAGGACGAUGUUCUUUUGCGACACUUAAAAGAGGUUAAGCACUUGGGGUGGAAAGAGAUUGCGCAGUAUUUCAUGAAUAGAACUCCUAAUGCUUGUCAGUUUCGUUGGAGAAGAUUAAAGUCCGGAAGUCUAAAGACGGCAAAGAGUACAGAUGACGAAGACGAGCUUCCAGAAUUGUCCACAGAGCUAGCCGCAUUGCAAGGUUUCACAAAUGGGAAUCCAGGUGCCGCUGCUGGUGCAGGUAACGGUGCAGGCCCCGGUGCAGGCCCCGGUACUGUACCGGGAUCUGGAAACGCACAAGGACAUUCUAUGCUGAGCGUAGAUCCUGCACAUGCAGCAGAUUCAACAUCGGCAAAAAAGAAGAGCUCCUCCGUCGGCCCUAUGCCUAUGCCUGUACCCAUGCCGAUUCCUACUUCCAAGGUAACUAAUGGAGCAGUUCUGUCGUCUCCCCACGGCAAUAGUUUUGGGCUAUUACCGGGAAAUAGAGCGUCAGUGACUCUUGGGUCGAGCGUCUCAUCGUCUGUAAACGGGCUUGUACAUUCCGGAUCGUUGUCGAAGUCUCCGUUUUCUAACGCUUCUCCAGCAACUACACAUGGCAAGUUCAUCAAGCCUCGUUCCUCAUCUCACUCCCAUGAUGGACCUCUCGCAGGUGGACCCCACUUCAAUGACCAAGAGGAAAACUUUGGCUUUAUUCCCAAAGUAUUCAUAAAAAGCAGACGUGGAUCGGCUGUCGUGAUGAACAACAGUGGUAUCAACAACAGCAUCGGAAACCUUGCUGCAACGGGGAUCGCUGCAACUCCACAGUCAACCACUCUAAAUCUUUCAACCUCAAAUUUGGCUUCCACAAAAUCAAGAAAGAAUUCCUUCUCCUCACGUUCCAGACGUUCAUCGUUUAACGUCACUUCGGAUAGACAUUUUAUUCCAUUGACUUCAAACGCGUCUUCAAGGAGAUCAUCGGUUGUGGCUUUGCCUUCAGCAUCAACUCCUCAAUCGAAGCCAAGAAGGGAUAGUUUCACCACCAGUCAAUCUACUUCUAGAAGUAACUCCAUCUCUCAGUUUAGACGUGGUUCUAUCCAAGCUGGCUAUAUCGAUAUGCCUUCAGCUAAACAAAAUUUCGCUUCACCACCACCACCUCCUAUUCCACAACAACAACAUCAACAGCAACACCAGCAACAUCAACAACCUCAUAUUCAUGGUCAAUCAAGUGCAAUUCACGGACCUAUCAACAAUCCUCAUGCUAAACCUUGGUCAGAUGAUGAAGAUAAAUUGCUUGUUGAGAAAAGACAGCUAUACCAUUUAUCUAUAGAUGAGCUUUCUAUUUUGCUACCUCAUAGAUCAGAGCAAGAAAUUCAAUGGAGAAUGGAAUCGUUACAAAUAUCAUCCAUUGAUACAAUGAAUUCAGUCCCAAUUGCUAAUGAAAUUGCAAAUUCUAAUGCUGUUUCUAGCCCUCUUGCAGACGACGUUAAUUCUUCAUCAUACUCCCCAGAUACAGCCGUUGAAGAACAAGAUGAUAUAGUUGAUGACGAUGUGGAUGUAGACAUCGAAAUUGUAGGAAGAAUGGAAGACUCAGUGGCUCCAACCCAACUGAGGGAUAAUUCUCCAACCUUCUCUCAAACCUCUUCAACCGGCUCUUCUGCUCGUGAAAGAUCACCUGUCUUCUCCCCUGAUACGCAUUCUUUAAGGGACCAAUCACCAACAAUAUCAGAUGGAAACGGCUCAUCCUUGUAUAGCAAUAGGGCUCCAUCACAUUCUGUCCCAAAGCAAAUUCGUCAGGUAAGCACAUCUACUACACAACACCAUCAACAUCACAAUCAUCAUCCUAUUUCAAACCAUCACGCCAAUCCUCAUCAUCAGCAACAUCAGAUUUCUGAACUCACUCCGAAUCCUUCCCAGUCUCCACAGCUGACUCAUCAACAACUUCCACAACCAUCAAGCCAACCAUUACCAAGCUUGAACACAAUUUUCAAACAUAUUAUUUGA